CCGGCAGCGGCUGCGGGCGGCAGCGGCACCGGCGCGGCGCGGGGCUGGCGGCGGCGGCGGCCGGAGGCCGGGGCGGGGGGCGGUGUCUAUAUCAAAUUGAGAGUCCGGGGAAUGUUUAUUUGUGGUAACAAUAAAGCAUCUUCAGAAGGGAUAAUCAUGGGACAAACCGGAAAAAAAUCUGAGAAGGGACCAGUUUGUUGGCGAAAACGUGUGAAAUCGGAGUAUAUGAGAUUGAGGCAGCUCAAGAGGUUCCGACGUGCAGAUGAAGUAAAGAGUAUGUUUAAUUCCAAUCGUCAGAAGAUACUGGAAAGAACUGAAAUCUUAAAUCAAGAAUGGAAACAACGUAGGAUACAGCCUGUUCACAUCAUGACUUCUGUGAGCUCAUUGCGCGGGACCAGGGAGUGCUCUGUUACCAGUGACAUAGAUUUUCCAAAACAAGUCAUCCCGCUGAAGACUCUCAAUGCUGUUGCUUCUGUGCCUAUAAUGUAUUCUUGGUCUCCCCUUCAACAGAAUUUUAUGGUAGAGGAUGAAACUGUUUUACAUAACAUUCCUUAUAUGGGAGAUGAAGUGCUUGACCAGGAUGGUACCUUUAUUGAAGAACUGAUCAAGAACUAUGAUGGGAAAGUGCAUGGAGACAGAGGUGAGCCCAAACACUCAGAAUGUGGAUUUAUCAAUGAUGAAAUAUUUGUUGAACUGGUCAAUGCACUUGGUCAAUAUAGUGAUGAUGAAGAUGAUGAUGAUGGAGAUGACAAUCCUGAUGAAAGAGAUGACAAGCAAAAAGAUCGGGAAGGUAACAGGAUAGAGAAAGAAAGCCACCCACCUCGGAGAUUUCCUUCUGACAAGAUAUUUGAAGCCAUUUCCUCAAUGUUUCCAGACAAGGGUACAGCAGAAGAAUUGAAAGAGAAAUAUAAAGAACUCACUGAGCAACAGCUUCCUGGAGCUCUUCCUCCUGAGUGCACACCAAACAUAGAUGGACCAAAUGCUAAGUCUGUUCAGAGGGAGCAAAGCCUGCAUUCUUUUCACACACUCUUCUGUAGACGCUGUUUUAAAUAUGAUUGCUUCUUACAUCCAUUCCACGCAACUCCUAAUACUUAUAAACGGAAGAAUACAGAAACAGCAUUAGAUAAUAAGCCUUGUGGACCCCACUGUUAUCAACAUCUGGAAGGUGCAAAGGAGUUUGCAGCUGCCUUGACUGCUGAGCGUAUAAAGACACCCCCCAAGCGCCCAGGUGGCCGACGAAGAGGAAGACUUCCCAACAACACCAGCAGACCUAGCACGCCCACAAUAAAUGUGUUGGAAUCAAAAGACACAGAUAGUGAUAGAGAAGCUGGAACUGAAACUGGAGGAGAAAACAACGAUAAAGAAGAAGAAGAAAAGAAAGAUGAAACAUCUAGUUCCUCUGAAGCAAAUUCUAGGUGUCAAACACCAAUAAAGAUGAAGCCAAAUAUUGAGCCUCCAGAGAAUGUGGAAUGGAGUGGUGCAGAAGCCUCAAUGUUUAGAGUUCUUAUUGGCACCUACUACGACAACUUCUGUGCAAUUGCCAGAUUGAUUGGGACCAAAACAUGCAGGCAGGUGUAUGAGUUUAGAGUAAAGGAAUCUAGUAUUAUUGCUCCAGUCCCCGCUGAAGAUGUUGAUACUCCUCCCAGAAAGAAGAAAAGGAAACACAGGUUGUGGGCUGCUCAUUGCAGAAAGAUACAGCUGAAAAAGGAUGGAUCAUCGAAUCAUGUUUACAACUAUCAGCCAUGUGAUCAUCCACGCCAGCCUUGUGAUAGCUCAUGCCCAUGUGUAAUUGCUCAAAAUUUCUGUGAGAAGUUUUGUCAGUGCAGCUCAGAAUGCCAAAACAGGUUUCCUGGAUGUCGCUGUAAAGCUCAAUGCAACACUAAGCAGUGUCCAUGUUACCUGGCUGUACGUGAAUGUGAUCCUGACCUCUGCUUAACGUGUGGAGCAGCUGACCACUGGGAUAGCAAAAAUGUUUCUUGCAAGAACUGCAGCAUUCAGAGAGGAUCCAAAAAACACCUGCUAUUGGCACCUUCGGAUGUGGCAGGCUGGGGAAUUUUCAUCAAAGAUCCUGUUCAGAAGAAUGAAUUCAUCUCUGAAUACUGCGGUGAAAUUAUUUCUCAGGAUGAGGCAGACAGAAGAGGAAAAGUAUAUGACAAAUACAUGUGCAGCUUUCUGUUUAACUUGAAUAAUGAUUUUGUGGUUGAUGCAACACGCAAGGGCAACAAAAUUAGAUUUGCAAACCAUUCAGUAAAUCCCAACUGCUAUGCAAAAGUUAUGAUGGUUAAUGGUGAUCACAGAAUAGGAAUAUUUGCUAAAAGAGCCAUUCAGACUGGUGAAGAACUGUUCUUCGAUUACAGAUAUAGCCAAGCUGAUGCCCUUAAGUAUGUGGGCAUCGAAAGAGAAAUGGAAAUCCCUUGACACCAGCUACCUCUUCUUUUAAACAAACAGCUGCCUUAUCUUCAGGAAUUUCUAGUACUGUGGGCAAUUUUACAAAAAAAAAAAAGAUGAUGCAAUUUGAAAUUCUGUAUUUGCAAAGUACUGUAACAGUAAUUUAUAGUAACAAAUUAAAAAAAAAAACACCCAACUUUUUAUUGCCUUCUCACCAGCUGCAAAGUGUUUUGUACCUAUGAACUUUUGCAAUAAUGUGGUGUGGUACAUUUUUCAACCUUGAAUAAAGGAUACUUGAACUUCUUCA